AUGUCAUCACCACGGAAACACCGUACCAUACCUCGUACCAAUCCACUAGAGUCGUCCACUCUUCACAACACCGACCGUGCAUUUAUCGAAUUCACACGUUGUCUUCAUCAAGCAAAGAAUAUCGUCAAAGAAUUGCAAGCAUUCAGUGCCUCUGUCUGUCCUUCCCUUUGCCUCAAUCCGUGUCUCGACCCUAAUGUACCUCGGAAACCAGAUGCGCGACUAGGCAACGCUGCCUACAUACAACACAUUAAUGAUUACCUCAACGACACAUUUCGAAAAUUCUCAAGGCUCUGCAAGAUCUUGUUAAUGGUACUAGAAAAGAUGGGAACCAAUCCUUGUGUACGGAAAGAGAGAAUUGAUUCCUUUCGAUCUGAAGUGCACGAAGAGUGGCGCUUAGCCAUCGAUGUACGGAAACAUUUACUGAAUUUCAUUCAACAAAACAUCUCGCUCUUUGACUCUCCUUCCCACGACCUUCCCAUCACCGACAAUGUAUUUCGACAUGCACCACAAACAUCAUCUUCGCCCAAUCCUUCCUUGUCGUCUUCGUCAUCCGUACCCAACCCUCUGCCUUGCAGUUCGCCCUCCAGCGUCACAACUGAUACAUAA